AUGGGAGCUCCCAAUGGAGAAGAACUCUGUUUUCCAGAACUCAACAACUCUUGCAGAAAGCCUCUGCAGCAUCAUGCUGAGAACACUUUGCUUUACAUUCUGCUGUCCUGCAUUUCUCUUUUAACUGUGAUUUUCAACCUGUUGGUCAUCAUCUCAGUCUCCCACUUCAGGCAACUCCACACCCCUACCAACUUGUUCCUCCUGUCUCUGGCUGUCUCAGACUUUCUUGUUGGACUGCUGCUGAUGCCUAUUCGAAUAAUUCAAACAGGAGGCUGCUGGGUUUUAGGAGACUUUAUGUGUGGAAUGCUUACUUAUACCUCAUUUAUCAUUACAUCUGCAUCAGUAGGAAACAUUGUGCUCAUUUCAGUGGACCGAUAUGUGGCCAUCUGUGACCCUUUGUCUUAUCCCAUUAAAGUCACUCCCAGAAGGGUUCAAGUUAGUAUUAUUCUGUGUUGGGGCUCCUCUAUGUUCUAUAAUGGUUUGAUGGUAAAGGAGAGCAUAAAAUAUCCAGACAAAUACAAUUCCUGCUAUGGAGAGUGUGUAUUUUUUAUUGACCUUUUACCAGGAACCUUUGAUGUUAUGUUGACGUUUAUUGGUCCUAUUACAGUCAUCAUAGUACUGUAUAUGAGAGUGUUUGUAGUUGCUGUUUCUCAGGCUCGAGCUAUGAGGUCUCAAACUGCAGCUUGUAACCAGCAGGGUUCAACUGCAAAGAAGUCUGAGAGAAAAGCAGCUACAGCUCUUGGUGUGGUUGUGAUUGUGUUUCUCUCUUGUUUCUGUCCUUAUUUUUGCUACUCUCUUAUUGGUGAAAACAUAGAAACUGAUGCAGAGACUUAUUUUGGGAUCUGGUUGCUGUACAUUAACUCUUGUAUAAAUCCAAUAAUCUAUGCUUUAUUUUAUCCCUGGUUUAGGAAGUCUGUAAAACUAAUUCUUACUCUUCAAAUACUGAAGCCCAACACCCAACCAGGAAGUCCGUUCAUCACCUCCUCUACCAGUUUGUCCAUGAGGCGCAAAGAUUUACUGCCAGUGUCUUCCACAGACCCGCUGACCUUAGUCCUGCCAGCUUCGCCAGCCCAGCUGCUGUAA